AUGCCAAAGGCACCCAAAAUAGACGAAUCCCAUGUACUCGAGGCCUGCCAAGCCGCCCAGUGCGAAAAGAAACCGAAUCUUGCGAAGAUCGCGCGGGAAUAUGACAUUCCGUAUGAGAUACUGCGCGGUCGCGUUCGCCGGGGACGACAGGCUCGUAACGCCUAUACACCUAAGAAUAAAGCUCUUGAUGAGUAUCAGGAGAAAGCUCUAGUCCAGUGGAUCAUUCGUAUGCGUGAUUUAUACCUCCCCGUUACCCCUGAGAUGCUCACAGAGUGGGCGAAUCGGGCUCUCGUACGUGCUGGUUCAAAUCAUGAAGUCAGUAAGAUGUGGGCGUAUCGUUUCGAGAAAAGACUUCCACCACAUCUUAUGUUAGGCCCUGUGACACAGAAAAUGAAGGAUAAGAAACGUCUUGAAGCAGAAGAUGUAGGAUACCUACAGCACUGGUAUAAUCAGCUUGCGAACGUACUCAAAGGUCUCCCAUCACACUUAAUCUAUAACUUCGAUGAAUGCGGCUGCUGA